AUGGAAACUCUCAUCUCGAUACCCAUCAGCCUGGGCAGCGAGCGCAGCCUGCACAUCCAGCAGAAGCAAAAGAGCAGCAGCUUCCUCGGCACCCUGCAAUCCCUCGUCAGCGGUGCGCCCUCUGGCGCCAUCCACGUCCAGAAUGUGCCCGCCGGCGCUGGCGCUGUGGUCGAAGUCUGCGGACAGCCAACAGCCUCCCACGACGUGCGGAAUAACUCCGUCGACAAGACACAGACCAUCGUGGUCAACACGGUUAGCGCAGAACCUCUGCAAAUCUACCUGCGCUGGCCAAAAGGCGCCGAAGAGGUCGGCCUCGACCAGUUGAAGCUGCAGUCGAGCGAUUACCACAUCAAGUGGGACAUCGAGACGCCCAACGUCCCGGCCGGCGCCAAACAUCUUUCGCCCGCAGACGUCGACUUUCGACCCGCACGGGAGCUCCUUGUUGCCAGUACAAGCGGAGGCAUCAGCGGUCUGAUCCCCAUGAUGGACCUCCUCAACGUCUCCACGAGCUCUGGUACGGCAGACAUCACUCUCCUCCCUCUCUACUACAACAAGAGCGCCGCGCACGAGACCAAGCUGUCCAUCAAGUCCAACUCUGGCUCUCUCAGCAUCAAUUCCAAACUCGACGCCGCCGCCGCCGCCGCCGCCGGCGUGCACUCGCCCGGCCGCGACUGCCACGUCUCGAUCCAGUCGAGCUCGGGCACCAUCCGCAGCGUCCUCGGCAUGACCAAGCUCACGUCUAUCAAGUCAAGCAGCGGGUCGCAGCACCUUACGGCGCUCCUGCGAGACCUCAGCCUCGACCGGCGGUCUGACUUGGCCACCACCACCACCAGCGGCUCGCAAAACAUCACCAUCGUCGCCGCGCCGGACGAGGACAAGACGGCCGGCGCGGCAGAAAAGGCGGGCAAGGCGGGCGAGGUGGGCUACAUGUGCAGGCACAAAUCCAGCAGCGGCAGCGUCUGGAUCGCCUACCCGGGCGUGUGGGAGGGCACGGUGGAGGCGCACAGCAACUCGGCCAGCAUCGCCGUCACGGGAGAGGGUGUCGAGACGGAUAGGGUCCGCAACACAAGGACGGCCGUCAAGGGCACGCCGGUGCACCACACGGACGUCGACACGAGUUGGGGGGCCGUAUCAGUCAGGUUUGGCGAAGCGUAG